GGUCCCUAGGAAGAGCAGUCCCUGCUCUUAACCUCUGAGCCCUCUCUCCUGCCCUAGGUGAGUUAAUUUGAAGUGCUUUGGUGGUAACUGCUAUUGUGAUUAACAUGUUUAUGCUGCCUGUGAGUGGAUGUCUUUCCCUUGCCUGAGAGCCCAGUGUCAUCAGUGCAUGCACUCUGGAGGAGCCCACAGUGCGUGUAUCUCAGGGUGUGGGAAUGUGCAUUCUCUAAUUACUAGGAGCACUUGAUGAGGGUGUGGAGUGUAGCCCUGCUCUAUCAGCUUCACUCUCAGGCAGUCUGGGAUCGCCGAGUUAAUGGUUCUCAUUAAAACUGUGGAUGACAGGUCUAGAGAAAUGGCUUUGCAGAAAAGAGCAUUUGCUGCUCUUUCAGAGGACUGGAGCUUGUUUCCCAGCACCACAUCAGGUGGGUCACAGGUGCCUAUAACUCCAGUGCCCUCAUCUGGAGUAUGGGCACCUAGAUUCACAUGUACUUACCCACACUCAGACACACAAGAGGCACAUACACACACUCGAAAGGUAAUAAAAACAAAUCCUUAAAACUGUAGAUUUGUGGAAUUCUUGGCUCCUGUGGAAAAGCCAUACACAUCUUUAGCUGAUAAACCAUCUCUCCAGCCACCAGCACUGCACUGAAAGCCACCGUUGAGUUUCGCUUGAAUCAGCCUGACAUAGGCCAGAAACACAAGGUGUUUUAAUUUUAGGAUAAAGUAAAAGUCAUUAUUGAGUGAUUUCCUGUUGUUUCCCUAUAGGGGGUGUAAGACAGGAAAGAAUGGACAUGUCCUUCAAGGCCAAGGCCAUGAUUGUGGGGACCAGUACAGGGUUAGUAAUUGAUUUUGGCUGUUCAAAUGAGAUCUGAUGUAGUCUAGGCUGGCCUUGAACUCCUGAUCCUCCUACUUUGUUUCCUAAUUCGCCUCCUUCUUUAUAUUCAAUAUUUUAAAUAUAUUUUGCCCACACUUAGUCUGUGUACCCCAUGCAUGCAGUGCCCAUAGUGGUCAAAAGAGGGUGUCAGUCCUCUGGAACUGGAUUUACAGUCCAUUGUGAUCUGCCUGCCAUAUAGGUGCUGAAACUGAACCUGGGUCCUCUGCAAGAGCAGCCAGAACUUUUAACGCUGAGCCAUUCCUUUAGCCCCUCGUUUGCCUAUUUGUGUGUUUGUGUGUGUGUGUGUGUGUAUGGGGGGGGGGCGUCGUCGUAGUUUUGCUCAUUCCAUUUUUAUGAUUUUAAUUUUUAUAUUACAACAGUCUCACACUAUAUAACCCAGAUUGGCUUAAAACUCUUCCUGCUUCAGCCUCCCAGACUACUGGAAUUACAGGCAUGAGAUGCCAUUCCUGCUUGCCUAUUUGUUUUAAAGGCAAGGUAACUAAGGCUCUGGGCGUCCCACCGAGAAAUUUCUCUAUCCCUACCACAACUGGUAAACAAAGCCAGGGUCUCCGACCUCUCUCCCAUACUCUUCUUUCUGCCCCAGUCCUCAAUCUCCUGGCGCUGUGUCCCUUUAAAUCUUUAACGUCAAUCAGGGCUCUGGUUUUAAGGGAACAUCGAGUAAUAUACCUCCCCUUGAGUGCAUCUGCCUGUGUCCGGACCGGGUUACCGGGUUUCCGGUUCGGCAGUGUUGGGCUUUGGGAAUUUGUCCCUACUCCCGUACAUCUGUUUCCAUCCCGCCCACCUCCUCCCUGUCACCUCCCGCCUACUCGUCCAGUCUUGCUCCUCCUGGUCCCUUUGCCAGGGCCUUCCUUAUUUGGGCACGGCUCUGAACCCCGGUCGCUCAUUGGCUCAGGCCGUCACGCGCGCGUCUGUCAACAAAGGGGCGGGUCGGAGUGCGCAGCGUGCCAGCCCGCGCGAGGGGGGCGGGCCCACAAGGCUAGAGUGCGCAUGCUUGUGGGUCGCCCUUCUCCCUACCGCCUGGAGGAGGCGCUGCGGCCCCUCCAGUUCUGAGAUUACAGGCAGCGUACAUCACCAUGCCCUGCCGGAGGGUUAUUUGCAUGUGGAGAUGUCUGGAAGGGAUGGGCCAAAGAUGGAGACAAGGGGUCUGCUACUCACUGCCUUCUGUGUCUGCAGGUGGCCUGGAGAGCUCCCCACUACCAACCUGGCCCUGAGACUGAGUGACUACCUGCUGCUGCUUGUCAUUGCUGCCCAGCAUGGACAGGGGCAGCCUCCUGCCCUUCCAACUCUGGUGCCCCCGGCCCUUCAGCAAGUAUUCCCAGAACCAGCCGCGCCCGCCUUCCACAGCCCUCAAGCCGCCAGUCUGCCCUGACACAAGCAGCGGGACUGAGCCCGACCACAGGCCAGCGCGCUUGGAGAGCAGGCCACCUGCCGUGGCUGCAGAAGCCCCCGCCUCCCAGCAUGCUCCACUCCUCUCUACAGCAGCUUCCGGCGAUGAGGGUCGGGUCCUGCUGGACACGUGGUAUGUUAUCAAGCCUGGAAAUACAAAGGAGAAGGUGGCCUUCUUUGUGGCCCACCAGUGUGGUGGAGGUAGCCGGGCCAGCUCUAUGAAGGUCAAAGGGCACUGGGGCAGUGACAGCUCCAAAGCCAAGAGGAGGAGGCGCUGCCUUGAGCCCACCAAGGCUCCUCCAGACCAUGGGGGCCGAGAAGGAACCCCUGCCACUGAGGUGACCCCCACUUCAUCCGGGGAUGAUGUAGACCUGGUCUCUGUAGCAGAAAUGGUGGCCCUGGUUGAACAGAGAGCUGCCCUGGCCCUGCAGAGUUAUCCGCGCCCCAGUACCCCAGCUCCCGUGGUCUUUGUGUCAGCUGAUCAGGGGGGACCAGCCAAGGGGCUAGGGUCAGAAAGGCGGUCUGGUGGUGGUGACUGCAGCCGAGUUGCUGAGGCAGUGGCCCACUUUGAGGCCCAGCGGGACAGCCCUCCUACCAAGGGUCUCCGCAAGGAGGAACGGCCGGGCCCUGGGCCCGGCGAGGUGCGUAUAGCUUUCCGAAUCUCCAAUGUCCGAGAGCCCCAUUCACCAGAUGGCAACUUACCCAAUGGGGGUGGAGGCCGGCCUGGUUGUGCCUACCCUGGUAGUCCUGGACCUGGGACUCGAGCCAAAGACAAAAUCACCUGCGACUUGUACCAGCUUAUCAGCCCCUCCAGGGAUGCCCUUCCCAGCAAUGUGGAGUUCCUAUUGGCCAGGGCUGAUGAAGCCAGUGAGGGUGAGACACCAGCCCCCGCCAGGCCUGAGGACACUCCACCAGCACCGCCUCCACCCCCUGCCCGGGACUGUGGUGCGUCAGGAUUCCAUGUAGAUGUGGUGGUGACAGGUGUAGUGGAUGCGUGCAUCUUCUUUGGCAAAGAUGGCACCAAGAACGUGAAGGAAGAGACUGUGUGCCUGACAGUGAGCCCUGAGGAGCCACCCCCACCUGGCCAGCUCUUCUUCCUGCAGUCCCGCGGUCCAGAAGGGCCUCCUGAGCCACCCCCAGCUGAUAUACCAAGCACAGUGCCAGGCCCCGAUGAUUCUGAGGGCACAACGGACACCUCCCUAUGCCGCCUGUACCGGCAUGUGUCACAUGACUUCCUGGAGAUUCGCUUCAAAAUCCAGCGUCUUCUGGAGCCACGGCAGUACAUGCUGCUGCUGCCUGAGCACGUGCUCGUCAAGAUAUUCAGCUUCCUGCCCACACGGGCCCUGGCAGCCCUCAAGUGCACCUGCCACCACUUCAAGGGGAUCAUCGAGGCUUUCGGCGUUCGUGCCACGGACUCUCGCUGGAGCCGAGACCCGCUCUACCGAGAUGACCCUUGUAAGCAGUGCCGCAAGAGAUACGAGAAGGGUGAUGUGUCACUCUGCCGCUGGCACCCCAAACCCUACCACCAUGACCUGCCUUACGGACGUUCCUACUGGAUGUGCUGCCGCAGAGCCGAUCGCGAGACACCAGGCUGCCGCCUGGGCUUGCAUGACAACAACUGGGUACUGCCGUGCAAUGGAGUGGGUGGAGGCCGUGCUGGCCGGGAAGAGGGGAGGUGAAGCCUGUGGAUGAGGGGACACCUGCGAUACCUAGCCCCUCCCCACUUUGCCGGGAGCUGGGGACCAGGACUAAGUCACCAGCCAACACCUACCAGUCCAUGCAGCGUCCAUCUCCCACCAGAACUGGGACCAGGUUUGGGAUCAACAGGGUAAAUACCUUGUUUGACCUCUGUUGGUUUUUUAUUCUUCAGAGCCAGGGCCAUGGACCCUCAGAGAGGGAUGUGGUUUUUUGCCUUUUUUUUUUUUUUAAAUCAGCAUCUCAAUUUCACCUCCAUCCAUCCCCGAGUCUCUCCACCCUAAGGACCCACCAGCAGGGGGCAGACGGCAGCUAAUUUUGGUACCACCUGAGGCUUUCCUCAAGCUGGCCCUCCGUUCUGUGCCUCCCCCAGUUGUCUUUGGAGCUGUGCUUACCAAGGCGCUGCAUGCUCUGAGGGUGGCCCAUCCAGGCCCUUAGCUCACAACUCAAGUUGGCACUUUUUUGAGGCAGCCCAGCAUUUCUAGAUGUUUCCUCAUUAAAUAAAAAAAAAAGUUUUCUUCUGAACCUCAAACUACCAGAGUCUCUAGGGGAAGGAGGGUUGAAGUCCCCUCAAGCGUAGGAGAACCCCUUAGGCUCUUGUCACUGACUCUUUCCUCAGUAAAGCUGUGAAGCCCCUCGCCUCACUCCUGGAUGACAAGCCAGCCAGAGGGACAGGCCAGCGGGUCUGGAUUUCGCCGGGAUUCUUCUUCCACUUUGGGGUCCUCUCUGAGGCAUUAGGGUCUCUGCACCUACCCCACCCCAGCCACAAGUUUCUUUAGAAUCUCUUGGUUAACCUGGGACCUUAAUUUUGAGGCAGUUUGGUCCAAAAUAUUUUUGUCUGGGGUUUUUCCUCGUUUGGGGGUUUCAUUUUAUUUUCUCCUUCAUUGUGGUCCCGGGAGCUUCUCGUGUGUGGCGUCUGACCAGUUUUGAAUUGGUCCUUUCUAUAAAAUCAAUAUUUAUAACGCUG